GAAUCACAUCAAACUGAAUAUCUCUCCAAUCCCACUCUCUAGUCUCUGCGCACCCCUAAGUUCAUGAAUCCUCUCUCCCUCUCAAAAGCUUUCUAUGCAUAUCGUAGUCGUCUCUAUUUGGUUUUCAUCACUUUCGCGACCCAUCUGCAACGUAGCGAGGUUGAGCUAUGAGAAUGGUAAAACAGCCAAUACCAAUGGACAACUUUGUUAGAUCGGUCCAAACAAUCAAAAAACUAAAGUAGUGGAUUUUAAAGGAGAGGUUUUGAUAUUGACAAACCGUCGGGAACAUGGAACAAAAUGAAAAGAUAGAAAAAGUUCUUUGAAGAAACAAAAAGCACAAGAACGGCAUUGACGUUGCUAAAGAUGGCGACAUUGGCGCUUUGAAGACGUAUUCUAAAGAUUUAGGUUUUAUUGUUACAAGCUCAUUCAAUUUCUCUACGUCAUGGCUCAAAACAAAAUAUGUUUUUCAUGCAUCAAAUUAAUGUUUUCAUAAAUGGUUUUUAAGUUUCUAAAACCCAUGGAAAUUGAAAGCGUUGAUCAAAUGUUUGACCGAUUUUUAAAGAUCAUCAACGAUCUACAUGUCCUUGGUAAAACAUACUCGAACAAAGAUCUUGUUCGAAAAAUCCUUCGGAGCUUAACAUCAGAAUGGCGUUCAAAAGCCGAUGCCAUAUAUGAGUCAAUUGGUAACACCAAUGUCACCAUCGAUGGUCUUCGAGGUAAUCUUAAAACUUAUGAAUCUACUGUUCUUAAACCUUCUCUUCACAAGAGUCUCGGUCUCGCUCUCAAAGCCUCAUCCUCAAAAAGUGUAGAGGUAAGUGACUCCGAUAGCGAUGAUGAUAAUCCUUCUUAUAACUUGCUCGAGAAGUUCCAAGAGUUUUUGAAGGAAGAACUUAGGUCCCGAGAUUUUAAAAGAAAGGGGAAACCCGUUCCAACGUGCUUUGGUUGUAGAGAACUUGGCCACAUUAAGCCAUAUUACCCAUACCGCAAGGAAAAGAAGAAGAAGGAGCGAGCAUACAUGGCAUGGGAUUCGGAAAUUUCCGGUGACGAAACUGCCACCUUAUGUCUUAUGGCUCAUGAAUAAAAUGGAGAGGAAAGUCAAAGCCAGAACAGCGAUGUUCACUAUAUGAACAGCGCUGUCGGGCUAGAUUUCAGUAGAUCCACUUUUAUUUGAUUUCCACAAAUCAAGCCAAUCAACUCCAAUCUUCUCCCAACCGUUGCACCUUGUUUUUGGGUAUAAAAAGGGGUCUCUUGGGUCUACUUUUCACAUCCAUUCCUCACACAUUUCAUAGCUUUACAUUGCAUCAUUCCAUAAACUUUUUACAUAGCU